CCUUGCCACUUUGUGCAUAGUUACGCCUACCAGACGGGCUACAUCGCCGCCUGUGAAUCCAGGACAGGCCCUCGGCUGCUCCCUCCAUCGCUGCUGCCAAUACAACACGCUUACGUGCCGUACACAACCGGAGAGCAUAUUGGCUCUCACCCUGCUGCCGGCCGCGCAGAGCUGUAACGCAAGGUGCCGAGCGAAAGACAAGCAUCAGGGAGACGUCUAUGCUCCUCACGUCGCUGCUCCGGCGACACCUCCUCGGCAUGGGACUGACCGCAUCCGCCCUCUCUACCGCCCCCGCGGCCAAGGGCGCUAUUCGCUAUCGGCAGCUCUGGGUAAGUGCCGACGGCGUUACUCAUAUCGACGAGCACGAAUGCGGUAAACUAGAGACGAAGGACUUCACGUCGACGGGCGGCGACGCCGCGCUGCCCGAAUCGGCGUCCUUUCGGCCCCCACGCCAGCGACGCGACGCGUGCCUCACACAGGCAAUACGUGCGCGCCUUCUCUGACUCCGACGAUUUCGCUCUCACGGGCUUAGUGGUCACGCAACAAGUAGGAGAAAACCCGUGGCACUUCUGCCCUUCGCCGCAGUUCGUCGUGACGCUCAAGGGCAGCUGGUACAUCCGGACGAGCGACGGCAAGACCACAACAUUUAAACCGGGCGACGUCUUGUACCGUGUGGAAAUCAAAUUUCGGAGGCCCCACGUCGACGUAGCUGCAUCUGCUCGAUGGCGUUCAGGUUGGAUAACCUAACUUACUGGUCGAUUUCCACACAGGUCUUAUAUCAAGACAACUCCGCGGAACACCCAUUGGCCAAACUCGGAGCGAGAGGCCAGGCCCCGAGCGGCGCGCAGCACUGGUCCGGAGCCAACGGCGGGCCCUGCAACCAGCUCGUCCUCGGCGUGAAGCCCAAGAUAUUCCCUGCAUCAAAACCCGGAACUUGGUAAGUAUAUGUUUUAUUACUAGCUAG